UAAUCCCCAGCGCUCAGCACACACAGCGACAAGUCCGCGGCACGCAGCGACCCGCUGGAGAAAGUGGAAGAGAACAUGGGCGGCGGCAUUUUCCCACUGCUGGAGCCAUGGUUCGUUUCCCUGGCCGUCCUCGGCGCGGUGUACUCAACAGCCGUCGUGCUCCGCCUCCUCUCACACCUCACCCUCCUCCUGCGUCGGCCGAGGAACCCCCGCCGCCGCUACGGGGCAUGGGCCGUCGUGACCGGUCCAACGUCUGGCAUCGGCCAGUCCAUGGCCCUGGAGCUCGCGCGCUUGGGCCUCAACCUCGUCCUCGUCGGCCGCGACCCCGCCAAGCUCCAGGAUAUCUCCGAGACCAUCUCCAAAACCCACGCCGUGCAGACUAAGACCGUCCUCUUCGACCUCGCCCUCAUCGCCACUCCUCAAGGGGACGAGGCGGUGCGGCGUCUCCGGGAGGCCGUGGAGGGGCUGGACGUGGGGGUGCUGGUGAACAACGCCGGGGUGGCCAAGCCAUGCGCGCUGUACCUGCACGAGGUGGACGUGGAGGCGUGGGUGAAGAUGAUGCGGGUGAACCUAUGGGCGCUGACGGAGGUGACGGCUGCGGUGCUGCCGGGGAUGGUGCAGCGGGGCAAGGGCGCCGUCGUCAACAUCGGGUCCGGGUCGUCGGAGGCCAUCCCUUCCUUCCCCCUCUACUCCGUCUACGCCGCUUCCAAACGGUACGUUGCUCAGUUCUCCCGAAGCCUCUACGUCGAGUACAGAAGCAAAGGGAUCGAUGUGCAAUGCCAGGCACCGCUGUUCGUGCAGACGAAGAUGACGUCGAUAGUCGCGGGAUCCGGCAAGCGGCGCCGUGGCGUGCUGCCGCGGCUGAUGGUGCCGACCUCGGACGAGUACGCGCGGGCGGCGGCGCGCUGGAUCGGGCACGGCCCGAUAUGCAUGCCCAACCUGGGCCACCGCCUCCAGUGGUGCCUCUGCCGCGUCGUGCCGGACCGGCUGCUCGACGCGCUGCGCCUGCGCGAGAACCUGCGGCAGAGGGCCGUCUUCCAGCGGCUCAGGUCGCCGAGGUCGCCGUCCCAUGCCAACGGCGGCAAGCAGAGCUAGCUUGGUCCAGGCUGCGCUUGUUUGUGCAUACUUUGUGUAGUACUGUGUGUGAUUUGACAUGGAUCUGUGGACCGCAGUUCGGUUUGAGUCGCCGUUGAUGCGCGCGCAGCUGAUGCCUGCCUGUAUCUGCAUUUCCGUUGGCAAUAAAUCAAAUUCACAAAA